AUCCAUCUCAUGGGUCCCGCUCCUAAUCAAAAUUAAAUCACACCGAAAGUGAUCACAGGCAUCAAAAUCCAUGAUAAAUUCAAAAUCAGGCUCCCCAGGGGAUAUUUGAAACUGAUAAGAGCCCUUUCUGGCUUUUGAAUUCCAAGGCUGAAUUGAAUUGAGAGGAUUUUGUCCAUCGAUUUCCAAAGAUGAAGACCGGGUCGAGUCCCAAAGAGUAUCAGGAAUGGUUCCAUUUGGCUGAUUCAGACGGAGAUGGAAGAAUAUCUGGAAACGAGGCCACUAAGUUUUUCGCUCUCUCCAACUUGUCACGUUCGCAACUCAAACAGCUUUGGGCUCUCGCCGAUGUCAAACGACAGGGGUUUUUGGGUUUUCCGGAGUUCGUUACUGCAAUGCAGUUGGUUUCGCUGGCGCAAGCAGGGCAAGAACUUAACUCGGAUAUUCUCAAAACUCAAGUCGAUAAGGAAAAUAUUAAACCUCCUAGAUUGGAAGGACUCGAUGCUUUAGUAGCACAAAAGAGUUUAAUAAUUACUACCCCGCCCGAAGUAAAUGGGAUUGCUCAGCCACAAGGGUUUCCAACUAAUAGGUGGUUUGGUUCAAAAUCUUCAAAGAAAUUACCUCUCAAUUCAGUUACAUCAAUCAUUGAUGGCUUGAAGAGAUUAUAUAUCGAGAGGUUAAAGCCGUUGGAAGUUACCUACCGAUAUAAUGAUUUUGUGUCUCCAUUGUUGACCAACACUGAUUUUGAUGCUAAACCCAUGGUCAUGCUUCUGGGUCAAUAUUCAACAGGAAAAACUACGUUUAUAAAACAUUUGUUAAGAUGUGAUUAUCCAGGAGCACAUGUUGGACCAGAGCCUACCACUGAUAGAUUUGUUGUUGUCAUGUCUGGACCUGAUGAGAGGAGUAUUCCUGGAAAUACCAUCGCUGUUGAUGCUGACAUGCCUUUCAGCGGCUUGACAACAUUUGGAGGUUCUUUUUUAUCAAAGUUCCAAUGUUCUCAAAUGCCACAUCCUCUGUUAGAUGAAAUAACACUUGUGGACACUCCUGGAGUCUUGUCUGGAGAGAAACAGAGGACUCAACGAAGCUAUGAUUUCACUGGUGUCGUGUCUUGGUUUGCAGCAAAAUGUGAUCUCAUUCUUCUCCUGUUUGAUCCUCAUAAACUAGACAUCAGUGAUGAGUUCAAACGCGUAAUCACAUCUUUACGUGGAAAUGAUGACAAGAUACGAGUGGUUUUGAAUAAGGCAGAUCAAGUUGAUACUCAACAACUUAUGAGAGUGUAUGGAGCAUUGAUGUGGUCAUUGGGGAAAGUUCUAAAUACUCCCGAAGUUUCACGUGUAUACAUUGGCUCAUUUAACGAUAAGCCUAUAGAUGAAGACUUCGUGAGUCCAUUAGUGCAGGAUCUGUUUGAGAAAGAACAAAAUGAUCUGCUUGCAGAUUUGAUAGAUAUUCCAAAGAAGGCAUGCGAUCGCCGGAUCAACGAAUUUGUGAAACGUGCUAGAUCUGCUAAAAUUCAUGCGCAUAUAAUUAGCCACCUUAAGAAGGAGAUGCCUGCAAUAAUGGGCAAAGCCAAGGCUCAACAGAGACUUAUUGACAAUCUUGAGGAAGAAUUUGCAAAGGUCCAAAGAGAGUUUCAUCUACCUCCUGGUGAUUUCCCCAGUGUUGAACACUUCAGAGAAGUUUUGAGUGGUUAUAGCAUCGACAAAUUUGAGAAACUAAAGCCCAAAAUGAUUCAAGCCGUGGAUGACAUGCUUGGAUAUGAGAUACCAGAGCUUUUAAAGAAAUUCAGAAAUCCUUAUGAUUAAAAUAGAAAAUGUUAUGCUGUCAUGUAAGUUUGCAAAUGUGCAAGAUUUUUAAUGGUCAGUACUAGUGGAUAGUGUUUGCAAUUGGAUGCAUUUCUCCUAAAUGUUUUGUUGACUUACAAUGAGGGGUACAGCAAAUGAAGCAUUUUUUUCUAAUGCUCUUGUGGGUUAGUGGCAAUUGUGGGACAAAUUGUGAA